GGUAGGGAAUCUUAGGAGCCGUCAGGACAGGGAGGUCGGGCGGAGGUUCCUGCAGAGGCUGACUCCUCUGCAGUGGCAGGGUCUUCCCAGCAUGACCAGUGGCGGGAGAGGAGACUGACCCGCUUGUUCCCAUCAGCUCCUGAAGGUGACACUGAGCCCUGGGUGGCCCCUCACCACCAAAACAGGUGCCUGUAUUUGUUGGAUAAAGACAACCAGGCCAGCCGCCCUUUAGUUCCAAGGUCAGAGGUCCUGAGAGCCAGAGAGCCAUGGGCAAAUCAUCAGAGGCAUGGUGCAUUGUCUUGUUUUCUGUUUUCGCAUCAUUUUCUGCUGAGCCUACCAUGCAUGGGGAGAUCCUGUCCCCUAACUAUCCUCAGGCAUACCCCAAUGAGAUGGAGAAAACGUGGGACAUAGAAGUCCCAGAAGGGUUUGGGGUUCGCCUCUACUUCACCCAUCUGGACAUGGAGCUGUCAGAGAACUGCGAAUAUGACUCAGUGCAGAUAAUCUCAGGAGGCGUCGAGGAAGGGAGACUCUGUGGGCAGAGGACCAGCAAGAAUGCCAACUCCCCCAUUGUGGAAGAGUUUCAAAUCCCAUACAAUAAACUCCAGGUCAUCUUUAGGUCAGACUUCUCCAACGAAGAGCGGUUUACUGGCUUUGCUGCAUAUUACGCUGCCAUUGAUGUAAAUGAAUGCACAGAUUUUACAGAUGUCCCUUGCAGCCACUUCUGCAACAAUUUCAUUGGUGGUUAUUUCUGUUCCUGCCCCCCAGAAUACUUCCUCCAUGAUGAUAUGAGGAAUUGCGGAGUCAAUUGCAGUGGGAAUGUAUUCACUGCCCUGAUUGGGGAGAUUUCAAGCCCCAAUUACCCCAAUCCAUACCCCGAGAACUCAAGGUGUGAGUACCAGAUUUUGUUGGAGGAGGGGUUCCAAGUGGUGGUGACCAUCCAGAGAGAAGAUUUUGAUGUGGAACCAGCUGAUUCGCAGGGGAACUGCCAGGACAGCUUACUGUUUGCUGCAAAAAAUCGACAAUUUGGUCCUUUCUGUGGCAAUGGAUUCCCUGGGCCACUAACUAUCGAAACCCACAGUAACACUCUUGAUAUUGUCUUUCAAACCGACCUAACAGAGCAAAAAAAGGGCUGGAAGCUUCGUUACCAUGGAGACCCAAUCCCUUGUCCCAAGGAAAUCACCGCCAACUCUGUUUGGGCGCCUGAAAAGGCAAAAUACGUGUUUAAAGAUGUGGUGAAGAUAUCCUGUGUGGACGGGUUUGAGGCUGUAGAGGGAAAUGUUGGCUCAACAUUCUUCUAUUCUACUUGUCAAAGCAAUGGACAGUGGAGCAAUUCCAGGCUACGGUGUCAGCCUGUGGACUGUGGCAUUCCGGAACCCAUUCAGAACGGUAAAGUUGAUGAUCCAGAAAAUACUCUGUUUGGCUCUGUCAUUCACUACUCGUGUGAGGAGCCGUAUUACUACAUGGAACAUGCAGAACACGGCGGGGAGUAUCGCUGUGCUGCUAAUGGGAGCUGGGUGAAUGACGAGCUGGGCAUAGAGCUCCCAAAAUGUGUUCCAGUCUGUGGGGUACCCACUGAGCCCUUUAGAAUACAGCAGAGGAUAUUCGGAGGAUUUCCUGCGAAGAUCCAGAGUUUUCCUUGGCAAGUCUUCUUUGAGUUCCCGAGGGCCGGUGGGGCUCUUAUUGGCGAGCACUGGGUGCUGACGGCAGCUCACGUUGUGGAAGGGAACUCCGACCCAUCGAUGUAUGUGGGGUCCACGUCUGUGAGAAUGGAAAACCUGGCAAACGUUCAGAAGCUCACCACCGACCGUGUGAUCAUCCAUCCGGGCUGGAAACCAGGGGAUGACCUAAGCACACGGACAAAUUUUGACAAUGACAUCGCACUGGUGCGGCUGAAAGACCCUGUGAAAAUGGGGCCCACUGUUUCCCCCAUCUGCCUGCCAGGCACCUCCUCAGAGUACGAACCCUCAGAGGGUGAUCUGGGACUGAUCUCAGGGUGGGGCCGAACAGAGAGGAGAAAUAUUGUUAUCCAGCUCAGAGGGGCAAAGUUACCCGUGACCUCUUUAGAGAAGUGCCGACAGGUGAAAGAGGAGAACCCCAAAGCGAGGGCGGAUGACUACGUUUUCACCAGCAACAUGAUCUGUGCUGGAGAGAAGGGCGUUGACAGCUGUCAGGGGGACAGCGGUGGGGCUUUCGCUUUGCCGGUCCCCAAUGUAAGGGACCCCAAAUUCUACGUGGCAGGCCUAGUGUCCUGGGGGAAAAAGUGUGGGACCUAUGGAAUCUACACGAAGGUAAAGAACUACAAGGACUGGAUACUGCAAACUAUGCAGGAGAAUAGUGUCCCCAGUCAGGACUAACCCAUUCAUACCGCCAGCCCCUCCCCCCAGGACACAGCAACGCAUUGCUCUCAGACCCUGUGGUAGUCCCAUUAUCUCGCAGUGAUGGAGAGAAGAUGCAGGAGUGCCGUUAACACUGAACUUGAUUGUCAAGACACCUGAAUGGAUGGAGGGUCUGAUCACAGGCCUGUGUUGAUUACUCAGGUGUGAAUUCCCUCCUGUUAUUGGUAACAACAUGGCAGAGACUCCUCUGUCUUGCACCAUUCUGCAGGGUAUCUUAACCUCCGUUUCUUUCACCUGCUUGAUUCCAUUUAUAAUCCUUGGAGUCCUUUAUUUACUUACAAUAAAGCAUAUUUCUAACCUG